CCGCAGUGCAUGAACACGCGCAGCGCCGCACAGUGUAACAAGUGAUCACCAUGGUGAAGUUCGAAGGAGAUUUCAGUAUAAACGCGAUUCUGAUGAACAAGGCGCCGCCGUCGCCCGCGCCGUCGUCAACAGACGCGCCCGCUUCGGAGCCCGACCUGAGUGACUGCGAGCUCGACGUCACUGGCACCGAGCCCGUCGACUGCUCCAAGCCCAAACAAGACAGCAGUGACGACAACAAGGAAAAGAAGCACGAGAAGCCCGCCUACAGCUACAACGCUCUAAUCAUGAUGGCUAUCCGCAACAGUCCCGAGAAGAGGCUCACGCUCAACGGCAUCUACGAGUACAUCAUGACCAACUUCCCGUACUAUCGCGAGAACAGGCAAGGCUGGCAGAACUCGAUCCGGCACAACCUGAGUCUGAACAAGUGCUUCGUGAAGGUGCCGCGGCACUACGAUGACCCAGGCAAGGGCAACUACUGGAUGCUGGACGCGUCGGCGGAGGACGUGUUCAUUGGAGGUACCACGGGCAAGCUGCGCCGGCGCUCGGCGCUCGGCGGGCGCGCGCGGCUGGCGUGCUUCAAGCGGCCGCUGCUGGGCGCGCUGCCGGCGCCGUACCCGCCGGCCGCCUACAGCCAGCUGGUGGGGCUAUACAGCCAGCUGCUGUACCAGCGCUACAAGCCGGCUCUGCCCGCGCCCGCGCCUCACCCCGCGCUGCGCGACACGCCCUACAUGUACCCGGGAGCGAGCCUGUACGAGCGGCUGCCGGCGGGCGCGCUGUGCUCGCCGCUGUUCGCGCCGUCCCCGCCGCGCUCGCCGCCGACGUCGCCGGCGUCCAGCCCCGACCUCCCCGCGCCGCACCACCACCCGCUGUCCCCGCAUCACCCGCUGUCGCCGCACCUGUACAAGCCGGUGACGGUGCUCACCCGCCAGUGAUCCCGCCGGCGCCGGCGCAUGAAUCUCACCGAGGCUCCCGCAAUACUCAGAGGCGUGCUUGACUUUCUAUCUGUGAUUUAGUUUUAGUUAGUGUAAUGGACCAGUGGACUCGAGGUAAUCUCAGAUCUCCGUAGAAGCACUAUGUUAGACGUGUUGUACCUCACCGUAGCAUUCCGCUAUCGUUUCUAAUGUAUAUUGUAAAGAUGUAAAUAGUUCCAAAGUGUAUAUUUAUUGACUAGCCCUAGGAUUAAGAUAAAGAGCUAUAUUAAAAGAUAUUGUUCCCUUC